AUGCCUCUACCUCCUUCUGCUUUAAAUCAAAAAUCUAGUCGUGUUUAUUCGGUUGCUAAAGUUUAUAGAGACGCCUGUGAAAAGAGGCCUCAAGAGUACUGGGAUUAUGAACAAGGAGUCACGAUAGAAUGGGGUAAAAUAUCUUAUUAUGAAAUUAUUAGCAAAAUUGGGCGUGGUAAAUAUUCUGAAGUGUUCAGUGGGAAAAGUGUUUUGAAUAACCAACCAUGUGUUAUCAAAGUAUUAAAACCCGUCAAGAUGAAGAAAAUUUACCGUGAGUUGAAGAUUCUGACAAAUUUGACUGGUGGGCCAAACGUGAUUGGCUUAUUAGAUAUCGUGCAAGACCCUGGAUCCAAGAUACCUGCUUUAAUUUUCGAAGAAGUGAAGAAUGUUGAAUUUAGAGCAUUAUAUCCAACUUUCAAGUCGAAUGAUAUUCAAUAUUAUUUUACACAAUUGCUGAUCGCCUUAGACUAUUGCCAUUCCAUGGGUAUUAUGCAUCGGGAUGUAAAGCCGCAAAAUGUCAUGAUAGAUCCAAGUGAGAAAAAAUUGAGGCUAAUAGAUUGGGGGUUAGCAGAAUUCUAUCAUCCAGGGGUAGAUUAUAAUGUUCGUGUAGCAUCGCGUUAUCAUAAAGGACCAGAACUGUUGGUUAACUUAAACCAAUACGAUUAUUCAUUGGAUCUAUGGUCUGUAGGUUGUAUGCUUGCCGCAAUUAUUUUCAAGAGGGAACCCUUUUUCAAAGGCUCGACAAAUGCUGAUCAACUAAUUAAGAUCGCAGCAGUACUUGGAACGAAGCCGCUUUUAGCAUAUUUGGAGAAAUACGGAUUGAAAUUACCGUCCGAAUAUGACAAUUUAAUGAGAGAUUUCACCACAAAACCCUGGAGUACUUUCAUUACAGACGAAACACCAUUGGCUGUUCCUGAAAUAGUAGAUCUGGUUGAUAAUUUAUUAAGAUAUGAUCAUCAAGAAAGACUAACGGCAAAGGAAGCAAUAGAGCAUCCUUACUUCAAAACAAAGUUUGAUUGA